ACAAAUCACAAAUGAAAAUGGGAAAUUCAGAACUUACUUUAUUUGAUACAGCCGUGUCGCAAACCGCUGAGGAAACCCGGGAUCGUGAUUCGCUUUUGGGGGCGGUGGGGGGCACAGAUGAAUGUCUUUCUGUUCCUCAGAAACAAGGGAUGGUUCUCUCCACUGCCGAAACCAUGCCGCAGCCCGGGGCCGGCGGGACGGUGGAUGGUAUAGCACCACCGCCGCUCCAACGCCGGCCCCCGGCCGCCGAGGCUCCAUCGCACACAACCGCGAACUCGGGAUCAGAGACGCGGAUUGCGGCAUGGCCGGACCCUCCGUGCCACCUCCGUCCGCAACCCGGGGCUGCGGAGGGACUCCCCCCCACGCACACAAAUCCGUGCCGGGAGGACCCGAACGCCUUGGGAGUCCCGCCGCAGCCCACCUCUGCAGAGAUCGUGGAUCGAGCGCAGACCGGGGUCCUGCCAUCUUUCCCGGUGGAAUCGUCUCUGCGGCCAUGCGACAACUUACGGCUUGCGAAGCAAACCAGUGAAUAUGUACAUCAGACACUGGACAAAUUAACGGCGGCCGUGGCUUCCUCUUUACCGGAGCCGCCGCCGCCGAUGACUGACGACAACGCAUUUAACCGACAACCACCCAUCGAGCACCGACGCACAGGAACGCGACCUAGGGAGCGUUCACGAGCACCCGUGCCGCCAUUGCGCAACCACGCGACCUCUACUAGCCACGGAAAAGAACCGGCGCAGCGGAACAACGUCAUGCCUGCGCCGAGCCACAUUGAUCCUCCCUCAGCGCCCGCGCCAAGUCACAUCAUUCUACCUUCAGCGCCUGCGCAGAUACCUGCUCGCCCACACCACUUUAUGGACUGCUUCAUUACGCCUUCUGCGCAUGUCGUGAUUCCCCCCGACCUUACACAGGACUUAGAGAAUACUAAUGUCUCACCGAGAGGGGGGAACAGGGCGGGCAGGCAUCAAACACAGGACACUAAUACAAGACAUAAUAGAACUGUAAGACACCAAAGCAGAGCCAUCAACAAUACAACCGCAAACAAUGAAUUAGAUUCAUCAAUCACAGACUUAUCAGACUCCAGUCAAGAGGAAGAUUCACCCUCCUCAGAUGAGGAUGUCCCCCCACCUUUGCCUGAGCCGAAUCGUCUUUCAAGAAGAACACAGCGUGAAUCCCUGACAGACUGGGCUGCCAUGAGACGUAAGGCACUUAGAGAAGGAGAUCUUGAAAUGGCUAAUGAGCCACCUUUUGUUAUGCCAAUCAGGGCUCAUUCUUCGUUACCAGGAUUUCUGGCAGAAGGAAACGCAAGAGCCGAUGAACUGACAGUGGCUGUUAUUCUGGACCCAGGUGGAUUCCAGCCAAAAACGUGAAACCAUAUCGGAAGCCGGGAGACAUUGAACACCCUGAGACCCAAGAGAUUGGUACACAGACGUGAACUGCGCAGAGAUUUCAGUUUGCAUCUGCUGCCAAA